UGGUUGCUCCGCAUAAAUUCACCAGCACUUUCUAUUCUUUCUUUCUUUUUCUCUUGUUUUCUUGUCUUUACAUAAUGUUAAGACUAUCUCAACGUAGCAUUCUUCGUAACACAACAUCAUCAACAGUAACAAAAAUAACGCGUCGUUCAUUAUACUUGAAUGACGUGAAAAAGUCAUGCAAUGUCAAAAUUCCUUCUUCCACUAUUGCAAUCACUUUAAGACAGCAGCACUGGAAAACAAACAGUGGUCUACUCUAUAACUCAAAGAGACUCUACAAUGGUGGCAUGCCUCAAGGUGGGUUUCGAUUAAAUCCAAACCAGGCUCAGGAACAACAAAAGGCACUAGAGCAAUAUGGUAUUGAUCUUACUGCGAUGGCAGAAAAGGGCAAAUUAGACCCUGUUAUUGGACGUGAUGAGGAGAUUCGAAGGACACUUGAAGGCUUGGCUCGACGUACAAAGAACAACCCAGUACUUAUUGGUGAAGCAGGUGUUGGUAAAACUGCUAUCGCUGAAGGACUUGCCCAACGUAUUAUCGCUAAUGAAGUUCCUGAGUCUAUUCAAGGAAAGCGAGUAAUUGCAUUAGAUUUAGGAGCACUUGUGGCUGGUGCUAAAUACAGAGGAGAAUUUGAAGAUCGGUUGAAAGGUGUACUAAAGGAAGUCUCUGAAUCUGAGGGAAAGAUUAUCUUAUUUAUCGACGAAAUACACAUGCUUCUCGGCCUAGGAAAGUCAGAAGGAGCCAUGGACGCCGGUAACCUGCUCAAACCUGCUCUUGCAAGAGGCCAACUUCGCUGUGUAGGUGCAACAACUGUUGAUGAAUAUCGCAAGUACAUCAUGCAGGAUCCAGCUUUAGCGCGACGUUUUCAGCAGGUCAUGGUAAACGAGCCUUCAGUACAAGACACUAUUUCUAUUCUCCGUGGCCUUAAGGAACGUUAUGAAGUACAUCAUGGUGUACGUAUCUCUGAUGCUGCUAUUGUUGCAGCAGCCCUUCAUUCACACCGAUACAUCGCAGAUCGAUUCCUUCCAGAUAAGGCUAUUGAUCUACUUGAUGAAGCCUGCUCAAAGCUUAGACUACAGCAAGAAAGUAAACCAGAGGCUCUUGAAACUUUGGAUCGUCAAAUUAUGACAAUUCAGAUCGAAUUGGAAUCUUUGCGCAAAGAAACAGACGUCAUGUCGGUUGAGCGAAGAGAAAAGCUAAAGGCUGAUCUUGAAACAAAGCAAAAAGAAAGCGAACGGCUGUCAGCCAUUUGGAACCAAGAGCGUAAAAAAUUGGAAGAUAUUAAGCGAGUCAAAGAAGAGUUAGAAAAGGCGCGUGUUGAAUUAGAAGCAGCUCAAAGAAACGGUAACUUCCAGCGUGCCUCUGAGCUUCGUUAUGGUGUCAUUCCUGGCUUGGAAAAGCAGCUUCCGACAGACACAGCAGAAGAAGAGAACCCUGAGUCGCUUAUUCAUGAGCGUGUGACAUCAAAUGACAUUGCACGCGUAGUAUCGCAUAUGACGGGUAUUCCAGUAAGAAACCUUAUGAAGGGUGAACGAGAAAAGUUGCUGCAUAUGGAAGAGGUCUUAUCGGAGCGUGUUGUUGGUCAAGAUGAGGCAAUCAAGGCUGUAGCAGAAGCUGUUCGCCUCAGCCGAGCUGGUCUUCAAAAUCCAUCUAGACCCAUUGCUUCUUUCCUAUUCUUGGGACCUACAGGUGUGGGCAAGACUGAGCUCUGUAAGACAAUUGCAAAAUUCCUGUUUGAUACAGAGAAUGCCAUUGUACGAGUUGACAUGUCUGAGUAUAUGGAAAAAUUCAGUGUUAGUCGUUUGAUCGGUUCUCCUCCAGGAUACGUCGGACAUGAAGAAGGCGGCGAACUUACUGAAGCGGUUAGACGUAGACCUUACGCUGUUGUCCUCUUGGAUGAGAUGGAAAAAGCUCAUAGAGAUGUUUCCAACAUUCUAUUACAAGUCUUGGAUGACGGUAUCUUGACGGAUACAAAAGGCAGAAAAAUCGAUUUCCGCAACACAAUUAUCAUCAUGACGUCUAACCUCGGCGCGGAAGCUUUAGUAUCAGAUAGCGGGGUUAGUGGUGAAGUGAGUCGAAUGGCUAAAGAACGCGUACUUGAUGCAGUUAAGCACUCAUUUGCACCAGAAUUCAUCAAUCGUAUUGAUGAAAUGGUCAUAUUCAACCGCCUAUCAAAGGAAGCUCUUAGAGAUAUUGUCGAUGUUCGCUUAAAGGAAAUUGAGGAGAGAACAAGUGAUCGCCGCAUAAAGAUUGACGUUGAUGUCAAGGCUAGAGACUGGUUAGGCGAGCGCGGAUAUGAUCCUGCCUAUGGUGCACGUCCUUUGAACCGUUUGAUUCAAAAGAAGCUCUUGAACCCACUGGCUCGCUUAUUGAUCGACGGAGGUAUCCGUACUGGCGAGACGGCAAAAGUAACGGUUGAAAGAUUACCCUCUGGCGAAACAGAUUUAGUCGUUCACCGUAAUCAUGAACCAGGCACUGCCUCUACAGAAGAGAAAAACUUGAUUGAAGAGAAGAUGGCACCUGUUGGUGAUCAAGAAUCCGUCAUUCAAGAGGAAGAGGAAGAGAGCAACAAGAAAGAUGACCAAGCUUAAUUUUAUUUGUAAAAUGCGGAAUUUAAGUUGUCUGCUUUGGUUUUUCUUUUUUUCUUUUUUUUUUUU